UUAGGGGAACACUACAUUGUCAUCACAAUAUAACCAAGUUCCCCAACAUGUUUAAGUUCCAUAUUUAUGCACAAUCAGACCACUUGAUAAACUCUACCUCUGUGAAUUGCUCACCCACCAAAUUACCAGCACCAUUGUGUGUGUGUGUGUGUGUGUGUGUGUAUGUAUAUAUACACAAGCGGAUCAAGAGUCACGUGCAGUUUGGAUGAAUCAGACGGAUAAAUUAAGCAAUGGCCUUUUAACGCAAUGCCCUCGCCUUUCCACCAACCGUGCCAGCGCCAUAAGUAAAUGUAUAAGUAAAUGUAGCUCCAGCAUGCUUGUACCUGAUGGUGCGUUCGUUUAUGUCUCGGAACUCGGAAAUUAUCUAAAAGACAUAGCUCACUUGAAGCAAAUUUAUUAAAUUUUAAUGUUUAAUGUCCUAGGUGAGGGACAGCACGUCCGACAAUCUCCACUCUCCAGUUCGAGCUCACGUCUCGGAACAAACAUGGCUGCCUUCAGGAACACGCUGCUGUGUGUGACGUGACGUUUUCAUCCGAGUUCCGACUGAGAAAGAAAUAAUCGAACGCAGGAUAAUAACAUACCAGUACGGGGGCACACAGCGCACAGUUUGACAGCCAACGAGAGGCGUCGGAUGAGCUUGUGCGAUCAAUCACACUGUUCAUGAACAGUGAGGUUUAAGGUUAGCUAUGCAGUUGUUGGUGAAACAGCGGAGGAAGUGAAAAAUGCUGCAGAUCGGGGACGGAGCGGAGAUCCUGUCGGUGCUGUUCGCGCUGGCCCUCGCCGGGACCCGCAACGCGGUCCUGUCCGCCGUGCUCAUUGCCGCUCUCUACGCUUUGCUGGUCCUCUCUCGUUUCCCGCAAGUGCCGGCGAGCCGGAGCGAGCAAGUCCUGAGGGGCCGGAAGAAGGUGCUGAGCGGCGGCAUCUCUGUGAUCGCACACCGUGGUGGCGGACACGACGCGCCUGAGAACACCAUCGCAGCGAUCCGGGAGGCCAGUGCGAACGGGGCUACGGGCGUCGAGCUGGACCUGGAGUUCACUGCUGAUGGUAUCCCAGUGCUGAUGCACGAUGAGACCGUGGACCGGACCACGAAUGGGUCUGGGCUUCUGAAGCAACUCCGCUUCGCUGAUCUCAGUAAAUUGGACGCUGCGGCCAGACACCGGCUCAGAGAGAAGUUCCACGGAGAGAAAAUCCCCACCCUGCAGGAGGCCGUGGAGGAGUGCAUCUCACUCCAGCUGACCAUCUACUUUGAUGUCAAAGGUCACCCCGAUGAGGCAGCCGCUGUUUUGAAGGGGCUUUACAAAACGCACCCGGUUCUCUACAACACCAGCAUCGUCUGUUCCUUUGAGUCCACUGUGAUCUACAAGAUGCGGCAGGCUGACCCCGAGGUGGUGACGGCGCUGACUCACCGGCCAUGGAGCAUCAGCAGGCUGGGCGAUGGCACGCCCCGCUCCUCCUCGCCGUGGAAACACCACUGGAGCCAGGCUCUGGACGUGCUACAGGACUGGGCCAUCCAUCACCUUCUCUGGCGUGUGUGCGGCGUGUCGGCCAUCUUGGUGCAGAAGAGCUUCAUCUCCCCGGACUAUGUACAGUUCUGGGCGAAACGGGGUGUGGAGGUGGUUGGUUGGACCAUCAACACGGCCGUGGAGAAGCAGUACUACCAGGAUCUGCUGAAGAUCAAUUAUAUCACGGACAGCCUGAAGGAGGACUGUGAACCUCACUACUGAGCUCGCCGCAGCGGGCUGCGUGUGGACGCGGCAGGACACACACACACACACACACACACACACACUGAGGAAAAAACAUGACACGCACAAUUUGAGGCUCUGCCGUCGAACAUGCCUGUAAACAUAUUGGCUUACUUCUAACACAUUGAUUAAAACCCAUUUCAGUUUAAGGAAACGUGAUCCUUGAAGGGAUCUGCCUGACAAACAUGCCCAGAUGUGCUGCAAAGCUACGGCUCUGCUUUCGCUCGCUUGUCCCUUCAUUCUUCCUGAAUAGACCCCUUUCCAGUCAGCGCUGCGGUGCUGUACUGUGCUUACAGUAGCAGUCUGUCGAGGUUUAAGUGCUUCCAGCCCUUAAAAAUGUUUCUUAUGGAGCAAACCGGGAGAUUAGCGUUUGUCUACAAGAUGUUUGCAAGCAUCUUACUGUGUGAUGUGGUUUGAAACUAGGGAAAUUACUGUCAGAUCCUUUUGAAUAUUAAUCGUUGCUUUUAUAUAGAUGGGUUAUGUCUUGUCAGAGAGCCUAUUCUGUCUGGAAAGAGGAAAUGAAAUUCAGGAUGAGUCAAGACACUACAUGCUUAGACUAAAUAUGACAUUUCAUGCAGCUAACUUUCACUUGUUGAUUACAUUGUAAAUUCGGGGGAAAAAAAUCUUAAGUUGAGACCUUCGUACCUUUUCCAAAUAGGACCAUUUGUGGCAGUAUGAAACUUAACAGCCAGACUUUGCUAGAUCGUAUCAGUCAAUCAUUGUGUUGGUCACCUCCAGGGCCAUGGGCAGGGUCUGAAAAACAGUGAGGACCGGGAUCGGGCCAUGGGGGGCGGGUUUUGUCAAUCACAUUAUUGAUACUGUCCCUUUCUGUUAUGUGAAAUCAUAGUUAGCCCAAUUUUUUAUUCAGGUGAAUAGCUUCCAAUUUUAUUUUUAGCUCUUAACUUUAGCUCUUAAGGUCCGGAGCUGGGUGACCUCAUAGCUGGUUACGGCCCUGGUCACCUCAACGGACAAAAACAAAACAAAUGGCAGAGUGCAUUGUGGAUGUGAUUAAGGUCGGGACACACUUAAACCUGCUCAUGAUUUCAAUCCUUGCAUAAUUUCAGGUUUGGUGCAUAUGGCAAAAAGGAAAAUAAAAUAUUUGAAUUGUAUUCUAAACAAAAGCAACUGUGCUUUGGCAUGGUAUGUGUUAUAAUAAACCAUAAUUUAUCCAUUUUAAA